AUGGGGUCAAGAGAAGAGAAAGAAAAAAAGAAAUGUGAGAUGGCGACUGACUUAGACACUGCGCUGGAUUUCGCUGGAGCUGGAAAAUACCAGGUUUUCCAUUGCGCACUCAUGGUGUCCACCCUGGGAGCUUCCAUCCUAGAGAUGAUCGGAUGUUCCUUCUUACUCCCUCUGGCCGCCUGUGAUCUUCAACUAUCUGACCACUUAAGAGGAAUAAUCACUAGUAUACCCAAUAUAGGUAUAAUUCUAACAGCACCAUUUUGGGGUCCCAUCGCAGAUGCGAUGGGCAGAAAACCAGUUCUUAUUGUAUCCACGUUGCUGUCAGGCGUCAUUGGGCUAAUGGCUGCCUUCAUGCCCAACCUUACUUCUUUCGCUUUAUGCAAGUUCGCUGGUUCGUUAUUUUUAUCCUGUCCCUCGUCCUUAGGGUUUGCUUUCGCUGGUGAGUUGAUGCCGAGGAAACGUCGUGACAUGGCCGUGUUAAUCUGCAAUGCAUCGCUGAUGUUAAUAGCCUCUUUAUGUCCCAUACUUGCCUGGAUCGUGUUCACCAUAGACUGGGAACACAACAACAUCUUCAUUAAGCCGUGGCGUAUACUAACCGUAGCCUAUGCUGUACCUCUCAUCCUGUCAGCGUUGUGGAUGACACAGACAAAAGAGAGUCCCAAAUUUCUUAUGAUGAAGAGCAAGGAGAAGGAAGCUUUGAAGGUUUUAGCCCACGUUUAUUCAUUUAAUACGGGAAGGAGGCCUGAUGAAUACAAGGUAACAUCUCUUAAAAAAGAGGACAAUGCCGACCAGGUAGAUGGCGAAGCUAUCAAAGUAACAAAGACAUCAGCUACUGCUCUGCUAAAGCCUCCACACGUCAAGUGGCUUCUGUUAUUGGGCUUCCUCAUGUUGGGAUUAUUUUCCUUAUUAAAUGGAUUAUUUCUAUUCACUCCACAUACGAUAAAUAAGAUGAUGACAAAAUUACCAAACGAGACCGUGUCUAUUUGUUACUCUUUAAACCAGCCAGACAACGUCACGCACACUGUAACAUGCAUAGACAGUAUUUCGUACGACACAUUUAAAAUAACUGUAAUAACGGCCCUUUUCUACGGCGCUAUAGUGAUGGCAGUGAGUCUCAGUCCACUGUCGAAGAAGACAUUAUUGGUUGGAAUGUAUUCACUCGUUUCUGCUGCCUGCAUAGUCAGUGUGAUUACGCGCAAUAGAUUCGUGGCUGGUGUGUCCAUGUCUACUCUGGAACUGACUGCUCUCGGUAUCGGACCUCUCAACGCUUAUGCAGUACAAAUAUUUCCAACAAGUUUAAGAGGUUCAGCUGUUGGUGCCGUGAUGAUGUUUGGGCGUGUGGGUUCGAUGCUCGGCGCGAACAUGGCUGGUAUCUUCCUGGCUCGUGGUUGCGAAUAUACAUUCUAUGCGUUUGCUGCUCUUAUUGCCUUGUGUGCAGCGCUGAGCUUCCUACUUCCCAAUGACAACAAACCGGCUUCAAAAUCUGAAAAAACAAGUCUUUGA